AUGACCAGCAGCUCCUCUAAAUUCUUCAUUUUGACUUUGGCUCUGGUUGGCUGCGUCGUCGCCGAAUCCGGCUAUAACUAUUCCUUUGCUCCUGCUCCCGCUCCAGUCGCUGCUCCCGCUCCCGCUCCCGCUCCAGUCUUCCAGCCUGCUGCCUCUGCCCCAGCUCCAGUGAGGACCUAUGUGCCCCCAGCUCCUGCUGCCUCUGCUCCUGUUCAGUCUUUCGCUCCCGCACCAGCUCCAGUGGCCGCCCCAGCUCCAGCUCCCGUUUUCCACGCUGCCGAGUCUGCUCCUGCGCCCGCUAGGACCUAUGUGCCCCCUGCUCCAGUGCGUCACCAGGUAGCUGCCUCUGCUCCCGUCCAGAGCUUCGCCGCCCCCGCCCCAGCUCCCGCUCCAGUCCAAUCCUUUGCUCCUGCCCCAGCUCCCGCCUUCGAGGCUUCCGGCCCGGCUUUCGAGGCUGCUGCCUCCGCCCCAGCUCCCGCCCGCUCCGGAUACGAUUACAGCCAGCCCGCCGCCAGCAACCAGGGCUACAAGUACAAGACCGUUCGUCGCCGUGUCUACAAGCACCGUGCCUAA